UAUGUGUUUGCGCUUUGUCACACAGCUCCCUUUACAUUCUCCACCCAAAAGGCGGCCGCUGAGCAUCUGUUGGUGAGCAGAUCAGGGCAGAGCUCAGUGCGGGGAACAGCAGAAGCUUUAGCGCCGGUACCGGACCACUGACUCCAAAAGUUGACUUUAUUUGUGUGUGACAAGUAUUCUGUCGGUAGUAGGUUCAGACAUGCCGGAGCCCGAGGGGACUCGUCAGUCACCGCAAGGUGUCCCCUACACCGACUUGGCGCACAUCGUCAACGCCGAAGGACUGCACUUGUUCUGCCGUUACUGGGAGCCUGACAGUCCGCCGAAGGCACUGGUGUUUGUCGCCCAUGGAGCAGGAGAGCAUUGUGGGGGAUAUGCUGACAUUGCUCACAGACUGACCCAACAUGGCAUGCUGGUGUUCGCCCACGAUCAUGUUGGUCAUGGUCAGAGUGAAGGUGAGAGAAUGAAUAUCAAAAACUUCCAGAUUUAUAUCAGAGACUCCCUUCAGCACAUUGACAUCAUGAAGGCACGUUAUCCCAACCUGCCCAUCUUCAUCAUUGGCCACUCAAUGGGAGGAGCAAUUUCCAUUCUUACUGCAUGUGAAAGACCACAGGAUUUUGCAGGUGUAGUUCUCAUAGGACCUAUGAUUCAAAUGAAUGCUGAAUCUGCUACACCUUUCAAGGUUUUCAUGGCUAAAAUUCUAAGCCGCUUGACUCCCAAACUCACUCUGGGCUCCAUUGAAUCCAAAUGGAUCUCUCGGGAUCCAAAACAGGUGGAGGCAUAUGACACAGAUGAGCUAAAUUAUCACGGAGGGCUUCACAUCUCGUUUGGAAUGCAGCUGAUGGAUGCGGCAGCUCGCAUCGAAAGAGAAAUACCAAACAUCACAUGGCCCUUCUUUAUUCUCCAUGGUGACGAAGACAAGCUUUGUGACAUCAAAGGCUCUCAUCUAAUGUAUAAUGAGGCCAAGAGCACGGAUAAAAAAUUUAAGGUGUACGAAGGAGCUUACCACACCCUACAUCAUGACUUACCUGACACAGCUGAGUCGGUCUUAAAGGAGUUGGGCACCUGGAUCCUGGAGAGACUUCCCACCACUGAUGGGUCUUAGCUCUCAAUCAUCCCAUCUGCCCUGGCUAAGCUCUGCCCUGUUUCUAAUCUUUCAUCUCUAUUGACAAAGAGAUGUGUAACCACACUAAAUACCAACAAAACAACACUCAUUAUGAUUUAUCUAGGACACAUAAGUGGUAACUGACCUUUGACGUUAAGGUCUUAUUAAGCUUUAAUGUAGCCAGUAACGGGGUUCUGGGGGAAUUUGUGUUGUAAGACAGUCACCCAUUCUUCAAAGGCAUCAGAACUGCAGAGUUUGGCUCAUGUGUUACCAUAGCAAUUGUCAUUAGGAAUAUAAUGAACCCAGCUGCCCUCAGUGCUAAGCUCAAUUUUGUGUUGCCAUGGUAAUAGAACACAGCUGCAAUUUGCUCUUUGUGAUUUCCAGUGCCCAUUAGAAAUGUAGUGCUGCCCCUGCUGGACAACAGCAAUAUUGUAUUCUGCUUUGAGCACAGUUACCAAGGCAACUCAAAGAUGUGUUGCCUGUGCCUUGGCAGAGAAAUAAACAGAACCUAUAGAAAGAAAACAUAAUAAUGCACAGAGUGGUUCAGGGAGAUUUAAAGGUGAGUUUAAAGGUGAAGUGUGUCAUUUUUUUUAAUGUUAAAAUACUUUAUCCUAUUCCAAAUUAAUGUGCAGAGACAACUGUAAGUAAACCAUUUGUCGGAUGAUUUCCCCCUAAAGUGAAUACACUAUGGCUCUGUGGGGUUAUCAAAAUGUUGCUCUAUUUGUUUGAGCAUUUGACCAGUCGAGACAGUAACAUUUGCUUGACCAAUGGCAUGACUUUGUGGCUGGACUAUCUGUUUGUCAGACUAAUACAAGAUGGGGGCAGUGUUUGGGGAAAUUAUUAUUAUUAUUUCAUUUUUGCAAUUUAAUUUGGUAAUGCUAGUGGUGCAGAAAUUAGCACUUCACCUUUAACACUGCACUCAAAGAGAUUCAUUAACAGACUAUCUCUAACUCACUCAUCUAUGUAGGAGAUCCUACAGAUUCCCACAUUUAGAGAUAUUAUUCACAUACUGGAGAAUUAAAAAAUAUUAUUAUUAUUAUUAUUAUUAUUAUUGUCUAUAAUGAACUUUUACAAGUUUCUGUUUGUGGCUUGACUGUUUUAAACACAUUAGACUGUUCCAUUCCUUAGGGCAAACAGGGGAAGUGCCUGUUCUGCAUUUAAUGUUAAUUUGCAGAAUAUUUACAGAAUAUCUAUUUACAGCUGAUAUACCAUUCUUUGUUUUUACCAGUGUUUGGUUCCUUUGACAUAUCUAUGACUUGCCAUUUUACUGUUACAAUUAUACCAUGUUCGCAAUAGCUUUUGACCUCAUUGAAGACCUUGGGUUUAUACAGAGAUCAGCCUGGGUGCUCAUGGGGUUGUAACUCUAAAAAAACAUUAAAUUGUAAAAGGUCAGUCUUUCAAACCAGCUUAACAUUUAAUGCACCUCAGAACUGUUCUGAUUCAAACAAAGGGGACUUUGUUACAGAGAUUUUGCUGUAAUUCUCAGAUGCAUUUUAUUAAUGAAUGUGAAUCAAUUAAGGUUUUUCUAUUACUGAAUGUGGCACAUUUUUAUUAGAAGGAACAUAUAAAAAUCUUGUUUCUCUAGCUGAAUUGUAUAUAUUCUCAUAGCCGUUCUGAUUAAAAUCAGUUAGAAACAAUACUGCUCAACGUGGUGUGCACAGAACUGAAAUAUCCAGCACAAGGUUGUAAAUCGUAUUCACAGUUGUGUACAGGCUUUGAAGGGAGAAUAUGUAGAGAAGCUAUAUAGUUUGGAUGUUUAUUUUAGAUGUAAAACAUUUUAUUGAGAAUUUAAACUCAAUCAUUAAAAAUUGAGAGACAGAUCUAAUUUGACAUGUACAUGUCAGAUAUGUUGUACUUACAAUAAAAACUUACAUUUGGAAAAAAGCAGCCCUUGUUAGAAUUUAUAGAACUAGACUAAAUCUUCAUUUGUGAUGAAAGUGCUAGGAGCACUGUGAUUGGAGGAGUGGGUAUUGUAAUAUUCUCAAGGAAACUACCUUUACAUUUGGCAAUAAUGCAUGAUUCCAUUUGUAUUAGAACAGCCCAUUUGGGUUGCUUGGUUCCACCAUAUAGCAUCUAAAAACCUUAGUCUUAGUACAUGGCACGUAAUAUCGAAAAAAGGCUUUGAAUUCUUACUUAAAUGUUUUCAUAUAUUUAAAACACAAACCAAUGCUAGAAUGUGACUGAAUGUGACCGUAUUUUACUGAAUAUUGCCAGUGAAUGCAGAGUGAUAUAAAAUAAACAAACUGAAAUGCUAAA